UUCAAUAAAGUGGCACGAAGUCUUCAUCAGUCAUCUUUACAUUUGGACACGAUAAAAACAGAGACAUGGAUUAAGGUGGCACAGUGGCAGCUAUUAUUGAAGAGUUGAAGAGAAACCUGAAACUACAAUUUCACCCAACCAACAGGUGUACAACAAUGAUGGCUUAGUUUGAUUUAGGUCUCUAUGUACUAAAGUUAUGUGUUUGCUGAAUUAGAGAAAGUUGAAGUUGGGUUGCUGCAACAAUGGCACAUGCUACUAAUAACAAUCCUUCUGCUGAUGCUUCCUUACCUGAAACCAAAUAUAUUGAUAUGGUGAAACAUGUGAUCAACAUUAGAGUCCUAGGAGUCCUAGAAGAGCUAAGGCUGUCUGAGCGUAGCAUCUACAAGGUUCCUUGCACACUCCGAAAGGUGAAGGAGGAAGCCUAUACUCCCCUGUGCAUCUCAAUAGGCCCAAUUCACCUCGGCAAACAAGAACUCGAGCCAAUGCAAGAGCACAAGCUAAGAUACUUCCAAUUCUUCUUGAAACGUGUCUCAUAUGAAGCCAUGAAGACUUAUAAACACUACCUUGAGACCAAUGAAAAACAGAUUCGACAAUGCUAUGCAGAGAAAUUCCCUGGCAUGGCCCAAGAGAAAUUCGUGGACAUGAUGUUGUUGGAUGCUGUGUUCAUCAUGGAACUUUUGUUGAGAAACCGUGAAUUGAAAUCACAAAGUUUCAAGCACGAGCAAAAACACAAGGAAUCCAAAUCGUUUCGAGGGAGAAACAGUGAAGAUCUCAUCAUGACACAGUCCUGGCUCAGCAGGAACAUCACCAGGGACUUGAUCCUUAUAGAAAAUCAAAUCCCUUUCUUUGUGCUACAGAAACUCUAUGAUGACGUUGUCACUUGUGUCAAAGAGAAGGAAGAACAACACACCAGCUUUGUUGAUCUCACCAUUGAGUACUUUGCAUUCUAUGACAGUCAGAUGUCUUCUCUUAAUGAAAAUGAAACCAAGAAACACUAUUUCUGUGGCUUACUCCGCAAGUCAAAGAGCAAAGAUGAGAGUCCAAAACCCUUCACUGUUGUUCGUAGAAGCGGUUCUGAGGAACCUUGUAUAUCAAAGAGCGAAGAUAAUGGUUCCAAGGAAACUUGUAAGUCAGAAAACAAAAAUAGUUGUUGUAAACCAGAACACUUCACUGAUCUGAUAAGGUGGUUUUACCUUCCCACUGAGUGCAAUAUUGGUCAUGCUGAUCAGGUUCUAAGAACUGCAACAAAGUUACAAGACUCAGGAGUGAGCUUUGAGAAAGAUGAUAUGGAUGGAAGGUUACUAGACAUAACCUUUGACAAGACGCCUAUUCUGAGCUCAUUUCUUUGCUUUGGUUGCUCUCCACUGUUGAACCAAUUCAAAGCACGUGUGAGGAUCCCCCAAUUGAAGGUGGACCACAACACUGAAUGCAUUUUCAGAAAUCUCAUUGCCUUUGAGCAGUGUCACUAUCCUGAGAAGCCCUACAUUUGCAACUACGUUUCUCUUAUUGACUCUCUCAUACACACUCAGCUUGAUGUGGAGUUGCUGGUUGAGAAGGAAGUGAUUGUGCAUGAAUUGGGGAGUCACAAGGACGUGGCGUCUCUUGUUAAUGGUCUAUGCAAACAUGUUGUCACAAACUCGACGUGUUACUCUGACACUAUAAAUAAGCUCAACGACCAUUACAUGAACGAUUGGAACCACACCGUAGCAGCGUUGAGGUUGGUGUACUUCCGAGACCUUUGGAGGGCAAGUGGCACUGUGGUGGGCAUUGUUGUGCUGGUUUUCGCUGUCUUCCAAUUCCUCCGUGUUUGGCGUUAUCUCUUCUAGAAUGUACAAAAUGUAACUCAGUUUCGAUUAUUGUAUAUAUGGCUUUCAUGCUUCAUCAUGUUACUCUUAAUAUUAACACUAUAAACCUGUGUUAGUUGUUAUGUCAGAAAUUAUAUAUCUUCAAGUGAUGCAUAA